GCAUGUUUUUCAUCAUUCAGAAUUCAGUUCUUGAACAGUUAACAUAUCUCGUUGAGAGAGCGAACGUUAUACACACAAUAUUUUUUCGAACACAGUAUUAUACGAACUCGUAUAUAGUGGUAACACGAAACAGUUUUUAACGGCAGAAGCGAAUUUGAGUGAAAAUUUUUUCGUUGUUUGAUUUUGUGAAGUGAAGGAAGAAAAAAAUAUUUUGUUUAAAAUGGCAUAUACAAAUACGCAAGAAUCAGUUAUUGUCAAGGGACCGGCACCAUUGGAACCAGUGUCCAGAACAUAUCAAUAUCGUAAAGUGAUGAAACCGAUGCUAGAACGCAAACGUCGUGCAAGAAUCAAUCGUUGUUUGGACGAAUUGAAAGAGCUGAUGGUCACAGCUCUACAGUCGGAAGGCGAAAAUGUUUCGAAAUUGGAAAAAGCUGAUAUUCUAGAAUUGACCGUUCGUCAUUUGCACAAAUUGAGACGUCAUCAACGCUUAUCAGCCAAUCGUGUCGUCGAUUCCGACAGAUUCCGUGCCGGUUUCGAGCAUGCAGCCAAAGAGGUAUCUCGUUGCCUGGCCUCUACCCCAUACGUUGACAUUCAAUUGGGAACAAAUCUAAUGGAACAUUUGGCUCACCGACUCAACGAUUUGGACAAAGUUCAACCACUGUCCAUCCAAGUUGGACAAACUUUGUAUUCACCACCGACCUCACCAUCCGUAUGCAGUGAAAGUCAUUACACAAUGCCAUUGACACCGGCAUCAUCUCGAUCGGGUCACAGCAGUUCGACCCCAUCACCCCGACCAAUGGAAUAUACCAGUUUGAAUAGUAUCACAUCGCAUCAUCAGGGACUUCUUAAAGUUGCACAACCGUCGAAAGAACCAGUUUGGCGCCCAUGGUAAAAUCUCAACCGUGAAUUAAUUAAGUGCCCGAACCAAAAAAAAGUUUUUUUUUUUUUAAACGAACAGUGCAAAGUAUAUAGUGUUUUAAAAGAAGAUUUUCGGUUUCGUAGGAUUAUUCUUUUCGUUUGAUAUAGAGAAAGAGAAAAAUUUUAAAUGGCAAAUCAAUUAAACGAGAGUGACUGAAUAAUUUGUUGAAAUAAUGUCACUUGAAAUACGAACGAUGCCGUAGAAUUUUUUUUAUUUAUUUUCGAUGAUUUUUCCUUUCGAAAUAUUUUUGUUUUUAAGUUAAAGUGUGGAAUCAAUGCCAGUAAAAACGUGUAGAAUUUUUUACAAAAAAUCCAAAUAAUUAACCGUAAAUUUGUUUUGUUUUUUUCUUAUCGUAAUUCAAUUGAUUAAGACGAUCUCAAAAUGUUUUUUUUAUUAUUAUUUGUUUUUUAGUAGAGAAAGACUUAAUUUUGUAUAACUUCAAGAAGCUUUAAUUAGUUGUUUAAGAUUAGGAUGUGAUAUUUGUCGUAUAAUUCCGUGGUUUUAUAAAAUGAUAGAACGAAAAUGUAAAGCAAUUUGCAAUGAUUAGCUUAUGGUAUUACAAGAAUUAUAUUGUCUGUGAUACAAGAUGAAGAAUAUUUUUUAUGUUUUUUGUUUAAACGAAAAUAAAAAACGAUUUUUU